AUGGCGCCGCCGUCCCCUAUCACGUGCCGCCCCUCCGCGGCGCGGCACCCACUGCUGCUCCGCGCCCCCGCGCCGCGCGUCGAUGGAGCGGCGGCGCUCGGGCUGGGGCGGGGGCUGCCGAGGAGGGAGCCUCUGGUCGCGGCGCGGGCGCACGUGCGGGGGAUCGAGGCGGCGGAGCCGUGGUGGUGGUCGUCGUCGUCGGCGCGGGUAUGGAUGAACUCACGGAGCUGCAGGAGAGAGGAGGCGGCGAGGUGCGCGGCGGCGGGGCAGGUCGCGGGGAGUACUGGCGUGGGGAGGGGUGCCGGGAUGGAGGUGAUCCUCGCCGCCGCCGCGGUCGUCGCCAUGGGCACGGGGAACCGCGUCCUCUACAAGCUCGCGCUCGUGCCGCUCCGGGAGUACCCCUUCUUCCUGGCGCAGUUCGCCACGUUCGGAUAUGUAGUUAUCUAUUUCUCGAUCCUGUAUCUUCGGUAUCAAGCGGGCAUUGUCAACGAUGAGAUGCUGUCUCUACCGCAAAAACCUUUUCUAGCUGUAGGGCUCUUAGAGGCUUUUGGAGCAGCAGCAGGGAUGGCGGCUGGAGCUGUUCUUUCUGGGGCUUCAAUACCAAUACUGUCACAGAGCUAUCUUGUCUGGCAGCUUCUUCUAUCUGCUAUUUUCUUGAAGAGGCGCUAUAGAAUCAACGAGAUAACUGGAUGCUUUCUAGUGGCUGUUGGUGUCAUAAUAACUGUAGCAAGUGGAUCUGUUACUGGUGCUUCACUUAAAAGUACUGGAAUUGUAUGGCCACUGCUAAUGAUAAUAUCGUUCUUUCUCCAAGCUGCUGAUACAGUAUUGAAGGAAAUAAUAUUUAUAGAUGCUUCUAAGAAAUUGAAGUGUGGCUCAGUUGAUCUUUUUGUUGUGAAUUCAUAUGGCUCUGCUUAUCAAGCUCUUUUUAUGUGUCUCCUGCUGCCUUUCCUGUCAAAGUUAUGGGGAGUUCCAUUCCAUCUGCUACCAGCAUACAUUAAAGAUGGUGCAGCCUGUUUCUUAAAUACGGGAUCAAUAUCUGGUUGUGAGGGGGCGCCGCUACUACCACUACUAUUUGUGUUGGUUAACAUGGGAUACAAUAUAUCAUUACUACACCUAAUAAAGAUCUCCUCAGCAGUUGUAUCUUCCUUGGCUUCUACAUUCUCAGUUCCGCUGUCCAUCUAUGCAUUUACCCUACCACUGCCGUAUAUCGGUGUGGCAUCAACUCUGCCACCCGGCUUUGUUGCGGGUGCAGCAGUACUCACCGCUGGCUUACUACUGUACAGCCUCCCACAGGCACAACAUUCCGGAAAUUCUUUCCACAACAAGAAUGACUAGUUGGCAUUCUUUUCUUCAUUAGUUCACCACCCUUUACUCGAAGAUGGUGCAUCACCUGGGCUUGAAAGGUAGAACAGAAGUUCUCCUGAGGGCCUCCUGGGUGUCGUAUGUUGUAUGAUACAUAUCAUAUAUAUACCCACCAAUAAAUGCAAGGAAAUGGCAUACGGAUAUACAGGGAAUAAUGAAUAGAGUCUGAGAGGAGUAAGUACCUGGCCGUCGGACAUUGUUAUUACUGAGUGAAGGUUGGAGAUGGGUAAGCACAGUGGUGAGACGGGAAGAGAACCAGGGAGAAGAGCAAGAGCAUCAUCACCACAGGGACGAAGAGAAGGAACAGCGGCGGUGGCGAAAGCGAUGGCAGAACCAAUGGCAGCCACAAAAGGAUCACUGUCGCCGCAAGCAACACCAUCAGUGCUCUCUUGUUCAUCGUCGUCACCGCCCUGUGUUGUGAUGAAACUAAACUUCUGCCUCCUCCAAUGGCCAGCCGGCUCCGGUCUUUCUUUAGGCUUUCAUGUUUUGUUGUGAGGAAGCUGUUGUAUGUGUUGGAAAAUGUUGUACUAAUCCAAUGGAUCUGGGGAGUUGGCAAGUUAUAUAUAUGGCCAGCUUGAAGCAGCAGGUCAGAUGGGGUGUUUUGGUA